AUGACAAUUUUAUCUGCAAUUACUUCAAUUUCAAGACCAAAUAAAAUUAGUAAAUCUGUUGUUUCAUCAAAUGGAGGUGCUUCAUUGUCGUUGAGUUCUAAUUCAGUUGCAUGUAUUACUGCUUGUGGAGGCUCAAGUUAUUCAUAUAGCUCAAGCUAUCAAAGUUCAGGUUCAGGUUUUUCUUAUAACUCAAGCUACUCAAGUUCAGUUGGUUAUAGUUCAUCUGUUGGAAUUGCAACUGGAAGCUGUCACUCACUAUGCCAUUAA